AUGGCGGCUUCGUUCCCUUCUCCUUCUGGAACAAACAACAAAUGGUACUUCACCCGAGAACAGAUCGAGAAUAGCCCGUCUCGUCGUGCGGGGCUUGAUCCAGACAAGGAAUUGUCCUACAGACAACAAGCCGCGAACCUUCUACAGGAUAUGGGACAGCGACUCAAUGUGUAUCUUUUGUCGGGCCGGGGACGACUUGCGCCUGCUAACGGCUAGUUAGCUACAGAGAUUGAAGCCGGUUUGGCGGCAUAGCUAGUUGCUAGCUUAUAUCUGCUAGGUUAUAUGGAUACUGUAUAUAGUUGGUGUUAUUGCUGAUACUGUAUUCAUUUUAGCCUAUUUAUUAAUCUGUGGUGUGUACAGACUGGCGUAGUUACUAGAUAUUUGCCACAAGCGGCCCAGACUUUCUGCUGAAUGCUGUUACUCGCGCGGGCCAGGGCAUUGCGUUCGAUUAGCAUAACUAGCUAGUUAGCCUAGCCAGUUAGCUAACGUUGUGUAGGCCUCUGCGGCCUAGGCCUACGCUUCCUGUGGAGAACAAAAGCCGAGCACGGGCCGUUUGUCUAAGUUAUUUAUUUAUUAUAAACGGGGUUCUGGUGUAUCAAACACGUUCUUGACAUUGGUUUUGUUGGCCACAUUGUUAAGGUGAUAUGAAUGAUCUGUGGCGCUGUUGUGGGAGCUAAGCUGAAUCUAUUUAUCUGCUCUACCGAGUGGCUAGCUAGCUAGUAGGCUAAAAACAUCCUGGGGCAAGCAUACGUUAUCUGAAGUUAUGUUAACUAGCUACAUAAUAGAAAUGUUAUUGGUGAGAGGUCCAAUGCUGUUCUGUGAUAAAAUGUCCCUGUGUAUUAAAGCUUGCAAGCUAGUUACCUUAACGUUAGUUUCUUAUUUCUGAUAACAUGUCAUUGGCUUUUUCGUGGCCAUUUGCUACCCCCUUAACUACAACAAACUCUGACCCAGAAUGCCAAACUGGUCUCAGAGCAUUUUGUAUUAUUCUGUACUUAAAUCCGAGCGGCAUCAUUUAGUAUGAUAUGUUUCGUAUGGUAUGUAUUCAUUUGUGAAUGUCCAUCAUCCAUUUCGUAUGAUAUGUACUGAACACAAUUCUUAGAAAAACGUACAAUAUGUUACGAAUUCUAGCUAUGUGGCUAACGUUAGCUAGCUCACUAGUGUUAACUAGGGGUUAGGGUUGAGUUUAGGAGUUAGGUUAAAAGCAGUUGCUAAAGUUGUCCGUGAUGAGAGUCGAACUCACAACCUUUGGGUUGCUAGACGCUUGCGUUAUACGUCCACCCAACCAACCCCACCAAAUGUAACAUAUACUAAAUGGAGUGUGUCGGAUUUACAUACAGAAUAAUACGAAAACUCUGAGAGCAGGUUGGGAAUGCUGUUCUAGCCAGCUAGUAUGUUGUUCUAGCACUCGGGCUCCCGUGUGGCGCAGUGGUCUAAGGCACUGCAUCUCAGUGCUUGAGACGUCACUACAGACCCCCUGGUUCGAUUCCAGGCUGUAUCACAACCGGCCGUGAUUGGGAGUCCCAUAGGGCGGCGCACAAUUGGCCCAGCGUCGUCCGGGUUGGGCCGGUGUAGGCCGUCAUUGUAAAUAAGAAUUGGUUCUUACAUUUACAUUACAUUUUAGUCAUUUAGCAGACGCUCUUAUCCAGAGCGACUUACAGUUAGUGAGUGCAUACAUUUUCAUACUGGCCCCCCGUGGGAAACGAACCCACAACCCUGGCGUUGCAAGCGCCAUGCUCUACCAACUGGGGCCCGUGUAGCUCUUAACUGACCUGCCUAGUUAAAUAAAGGUAAAAUAAAUAAAUAAAAAUAAUGUUAUCCUACUAUGUACCACCGGUCAACACUAGGAGUAGUUACAGCAGAUCACUUAGCUACAUCCACAACUAGCUAGUUUUGUCGAAAAUAAGUUGGUAGCUGCUCUUGCAUAACAUAAACUGUAAUUUAUCAAAAAUAUACUUUUUGUGAGUUAAGUCUCACUGAGAUAUUAUGUUAUAACCCUUAACCCUUAUGCAUCAGGUCCCAGCUAACAAUUAAUACUGCUAUUGUGUAUAUGCACCGAUUCUACAUGAUCCAGUCCUUCACCAGGUUCCACCGAAAUGUAAGUACUUUUGCACACACUAACAGGCUCUUUUGCACAAUUUGGUCUUGUUAAGUUUGAAUUAAGUCUUGUGUGAAAUGCAUCCUGCAUAGCACUAACAAGACACCAGUUUUGAUCAAAAUUUUCAAUUUUUUUACUCCUAGGUCAUAGCUCCAGCAACACUGUUCCUGGCUGCAAAGGUUGAGGAACAGCCCCGCAAGUUGGAGCAUGUUAUCAAGGUGACCCAUGCAUGCCUCAACCCUCAGGACCCUUCACCAGACGUCCGCAGUGAUGUAAGUCUCGAUGGUCUGACCACUUCAAACUCACUAUGGCUCUUGCAGUGUGAUCCUCUGACCACAAACUGAUUUGGGUGUGGUUGUGUUGGAGUAUGUUGUCUCAGUGGUCGGAAACACAUUUCAAUAUUUUAACAGUAGGUCCAGUGUUCUCUACCUUUUGGUAUUUUUAAAGACCCAAAGUAUGUGCUUUUGUGUCAGUAUGCAUGAUGGUAGUGGCAUCAUAACUGUUUGACAUUGAUUUCUCCGCUUGCAGGCUGUUGGUGUUAUAUGAAACAAGUUUUUUAUUUUUAUAUGAUUGGAUGUUGCUUUAUUUGAUACAAGGUCUGGCAAGAAAUGGAGCAAUAACUCUUAAUGCAACGUGACUUUCAAGUUCUUGAAAACAUUUGAAGUGGUAUUGUGAUAUGUUUUGUGAAGAACACAUAGCCUCAAUGCAUUCUCUUUCACAAAGUGGAUGUUGAUAUUCUCCACACACUCACCAUCUUCCUUUCAGACUGGGAGAUCUGUAAACAGCUCUGUCCAUACCAGGGGUUGGAGGCAAAAUUAUUUUCCAAUUGUUUUGUUCUGAACAGAACCACUUUUUUUGAUUGUUUCAGCAAAAUAAAGUUCUGAAUAGGUUCGAACCCCCAAAAAAGGGCUGGUAUGUCGUUCCAUUCUGUUCCUUUUUUAACCUGUGAAAUCACGUUUUUUACAUUUAUCUCAUUCAAUUACUUCACUAAUCAGUGCAGAUAGAGCAGGCAAUCUAGUUGUUUACAUGCAUGAUGGACAGACAAGUGUAGCCUAUGAUGCAAGAUGUGACUGAACUUUUGCGGGUGGGGACAGCAAGAGGGGGUGGAGGAGGCUUGAACCUCUGGACGUCUUGUUAUGAGUUAUCUGAAUUAGGUCCACUAAAUAAUACCUAGGAGGAGCGGCUUCUAUGGAGGAACUUUGAAUGUCCUUUGAGCUAGCUAGCUAACAAGUUGUGUGUGCAGAGCGGCACCAGAAUUAAAAACAUGUUUAUUUUUGUAGUUAAAUCCAUCGUGGUAACUAGGCCUAUAGUAUCCUUAACUAGCAUUGAAAAAAUGUAUCCAUUCUUCUCUAGCUAAUAAAAAAUAUUUCUCCCUAUCUUCUGAAUCAAGCUUCUAACGUUAGUACCAUAGCCUAUGCUUCAAAGGGGGGAGGGGCAGGUAGCCUGCACAGGCAAAGAUUUUUAGGUUGCGAACAGACACUGGAAUACGUUUCUGAGUGACAGUGAGGGCUUUGCGUAGGCGCUUUGUUGGGGGACUCGUAAAACAAAUCUGGAACGUAAAAUAGUGUUAUUAACCAGUUCCCAUGCUUUUAAAAUAACGGUUCUGUUCCGGAACAGUAUGGAUAAUUUUCAUUCCAGGUUCCAUUUCUGUUCCUUGAAAAAGUCGUUGUUUUCGGUUCUAUUCCCUUAACCGGAUCCAACCCCUGGUCCAUAGUCACUGCUUUGAUCUGUAGAAAAUGUAAAGCUAACCUGCGCUUUGGGGUUUUCCUUUUUCUCAAUCUUACCUUUACCAUCAUGCUCCUUUUUUAAGUGCUUAAAUUAUUAUAACAAAGUAAGAAAUUGGGUGUUCUGAGGCGGUUGUACCUCCUUGAAGGUAAGACUGCGUAAAGGGAAAGCAAGAGGUGUGAGUGAGACAUGAGGGGUGAGAGAAUGCCUCCUAGUGAGUAAUGCCUGUCUCCUGCCUGUCCUCUCAACCUCAGGCUUACCUGCAACAAGCCCAAGACCUGGUCAUUCUUGAGAGCAUUAUACUCCAGACCCUGGGUAAGUUGGGAUGGACAAAUGAAUGGGGUCUUUGAUUUCACCCCAAACUAGAGAGAUGUGCUGCUUGCCUACUGAUAAUAUUAAACAUCUUUGUUCUUGCCUACAGCAGAGUCUUGAGUAGCAGUCCAUUCCAUUGGAAGGUCACACAUCUAGUCCUUCAUGCUCACUUUAUCACUACUGUCUUGCAUUUUCGGUUCCCCGCUGUUUUCGUCAUUAACUUUACAGUGCAGCACUUUCUUUUCACAUUUUCCUCGUGACUUUAAGCCAUUCUUUUGAGUCACGUAAUUGUUGUGAUGGAAGAUAUGUUGGUUGUAAUCACAUUAGAGAUUGUGAAUUUAGUACAGUAUUGAUAGAAUUGGGAUUGCACAGUAAAAUGCCCAUUCACCACCUAUAACCCCUGUCUCAAUGACUGGCUUAAAUGUUAAUGCCAAACCUUUAAGUCUCAACUCACUCAUUCACAUUUGUCUUAUACAGGGCCUGUCAUCUGAAGAUCUAAAGCAGUGCAUUCAUUCACUAUUUACUGUAGUUUCAUAAGACGUUGGUUUUCAGGGAAUUAUUUAUUUUAAUGCUCAGUGAGAGUACUGAAUAUUCAGUAACUAUUGAGCUGAACCUAUUUUGACGUAACACCCUCAGGUUCCCAUAAAUCAGGAUAGAAGAUUCUAGAUUGUUCUUAGACAUUCUGUUGCUCAUGAAACCUUUUGUCUCCCUUCUACCCCCUUCAUUACAGCCUUUGAAAUCACCAUUGACCACCCACAUACUCAUGUUGUCAAGUGCACCCAGCUCGUCAGAGGUAAGCCUCAACAAACCCCCUGUGUAGGCGACUGGUGAAGUUUGAGAACCCUAGUACUUAUACAAAUGGCAUAAAUGGUUCUCACCUAUUUAGAUGUAUUCAUUAGUAUUUUUAUCGCGUGUAUUUAUUGCCAUUAUUUUGAACGCAGCAGGUUUUAAUUGUAUUUUCUUGUUUCUCGUGUUGUUGUCCCAGCGAGUAAGGAUUUGGCCCAGACAUCAUACUUCAUGGCUACCAACAGGUAUGCUGUUCACUCCACUCUGUGCUACUUUGAGCUUUACAUUUUUCAAUUGAAUACAACUUUAUUCUAUACAAAUGCAAUGCAACGUUGUCUAAACUGAAAAAGAUGAUCUUAUGACCUGUAUUUGAAUGAAAUCACCACCCAUUGAUGAGAUGCACAGUCCUCCUUUUCAUGGUAUUCUGGAACUGAAUCUGUUUCUUCUCCCCACCCCCCUUGGAUGGUUAAUCUGGGACCCAACCUGCUGUGUAGCCUACACCUGACCACAUUCUGCCUGCAGUACAGCCCGCCCAUAGUGGCCUGCGUCUGCAUCCACCUGGCCUGCAAGUGGUCCAACUGGGAGAUCCCUGUCUCCACAGACGGCAAGCACUGGUGGGAGUAUGUGGACAAUACUGUCACCCUUGAGCUGCUGGACGGUAUGUUUGAUUGAAUAAAAAUGUUCAUGUCUGUGCAGAUGUUGGUUAUAUUGUAAGGAAGUGAAUUGCAGAGCCCCUUGUAAUACUUUUACUUUGUUACCCACAGAGCUCACUCACGACUUCCUGCAGAUCUUGGAGAAGACACCAAGCCGAUUAAAACGAAUUCGCAACUGGAAAGUAAGUUGUAGUUUGUAACAUACUUGCACUGAUUUUAAAUUCUCAUAGGUCCAUUUCAUUCAGGGUAUUUCCUUAUUUCGUUCCCUAACUCAGUAAUGUCUCUCAUCCCAGGCGGCAGGUCAGACAGUGAAGGGAGGGAAGUCUAAGGUGCCAGAGGACGGGGACCAGACAGAUGGCAUGAUGAGCAUGAUCUCCAUGUCAUCGUCUGAGACCACGCUGGCCAGCCUCUCCAACCCUUCCUCUUCAUCUUCCUCCUCCAUGGCUCCCAUACUACUGGAGCUCAAGUCGACCCUGGGCAGUGGCUCCGACCAGCCCAACCACGUCGAGCUGCACGCCCCAGCCAAGGUGUCACUGAGUGAGUACCGGGCCAAGCACGCUGACGUCCUGGCUGCUCAGAAAAGGAAGCUGGAGAACAUGGAGGCCAGCGUGAAGAGGGAGUAUGCCUCGGCAGCCCAAGCUCUGAUAGGCCAACAGCAGAGGAAGGAGAAGUACCACCGUGACCAGCAGCAGUCCAGCGCCCACCAUUCCAGCUCAGCCUCCUCUGACCUCAGCAGCCCCUCGCCCAUCAUCCUCAAAAUCCCCCUUGAAAAGGAGAGGGGCGAGCGCAGCUCCCUGAAGAUGCGCCUCCCUCUGGGGACUGGGGGGCACAGUGGAGGAGGGAACAGAGGAGCAGGAGGAGAACAGGACAUCAAAGUGAGAAUCCGGGUGCCUGAGAAAGUACGCAGUGGAGGCUCGGGAGAGGAGGGGGGCAAGAGUAGAGAGGGCAAGCAUCGAGAACGCUCCAACCAUCACCACCAUCACCACCACCACCAUCAUUCAUCGUCGUCUUUGAGCGGUGCUUCCGUCUCUUCGUCCUCGUCACAUAAACACUCAGCCAGUGCUGCUGGAGCUGUAGGAGGAAGCAGCAGCAAAAAGGCCCCCAGUGACUCGUCUAGAAUGAGCUCCUCUUCCUCCGCGUCUCGAAAGAGGACACACUCCACAGAGUCCCAGGGAUCCCACCCCUCCAAAGUCUCUAAGUCCUCCAGGAACUCAGCCCACCAGCUGCCUGCUCUGUUAGCCGCCUCUGGUGCACACUCCCUAGGGGUGCAAACCACUGACAUCCUCCCCUCCCUGGGUCUCCCCUCCCUCCACCAGGGAAACUACUCUCACUCCAAGGGGGACAAGGCUGACACUAACGGACACAAUGCAGGCGGGGGCAGCCAGUCGAAUGAGUACCAGGACACGUUUGAGAUGCUGAACUCUUUACUGAGUGCUCAGGGGGUCCAGCCUGCCCAGCCUCCCAUGUUUGACUACCGGUCUCAGUACGGGGAGUACAGAUACAGCGCAGGGUCGAGGGGGGGCUCUCGACCUCCACCCCUGCCUGCUGAACCUCCACCUCCGCUACCCCCUCUACCUAAAUGA